AUGAUUCGUGCAGAUGCCACUUGGUUGGCAAUAGCUGGGGUGAUGUCCGCUGUGCAGGGCAGGGCUGUUGUAUGGUUCGGCUUGGUCUGCUCCAGCUUCACGGUUAUCAACAUGGGUCACAGCAAGAGAAGCUUCCUGGUUCCUAUGGGAGAUACCUCAAAAAGGACGGUACAGGAGGGCAAUUGCUUGGGCGCCAGGACAUGUCUCCUUAUGCUGUUGGUGCUUGCGAUGAAUGGAGUCUUCAUCCUGGAGCAACCUGGGGGUAGCUUCUUCCAGUACUUCCCCAGGUUCCAGGAACUCUGGCAGACUGUCAAGCACUAUGUGAAGAAAGGGAAGACGAAGUAUGUUGGCACCAAGAACUAUCCUGCAGAAUUUGGAGCUCGAGUGGCUGCACUGCUGGAUGAGAUUCACGCCGCCACGGAGUUCGAGCAGGACUUCCGCGACGUGUGGAGCAAGCUGGAGUUCAGCGACCUGUGGCCGGAAGCAAACAUGUCUGAGGUGGUGAGAUACUUGCGGGGCAACCGAUCUUUACAGACCGACAUCAGGAUGCAGGCAAACACGUCCCGCUCAGAAGUCAAAGAGGUGAGAUAUGAAUGGGUUACGGAGAACGACUUGCAGACCAAAUUGGGUCUGAGCAAGCGCCUUGAGCUCCGUGGUUUGAUCAACGAUGCAGAUGGAGACGCCGAGCCUCCUGUGGCCAAGAAGUCCAAGGCUCUUUCCAAGGAUUUGGACCCGAUGUUUGCCGAGACCUUGGUAACGCCAACUACACCGACGCCGAGCCCUGCUACGCCUGAUGAUCCACGGGUGAAGGCGUUGCAAAAGGAACACUUGGUCCUUCAGAUGAAGCAGGCCGAGCUGCAGAAGAAGCUCCUUUUGCUUAAGAACGAGAAGCCGGGCCCCGCUGCAAAUGCUGCACCGACCCCGACCCCAGCUACUUCUGCUUCGGAGCACGAAGGAUCUUCGGAUGAAAACGGAGAUGAUGAUGAUGACUGGGGGCUCGGCCAAGUCCUCUGCCCCAAGACGGGGAAAGUGCUCACCCUAGCCGCCGUGAAGCAGCGACUGCGCCGAAUGUGUUCCCGCCGGAAAUCCGGGAAAGUGCCCGGAGGGGAGGAAGCUUUUCAGGCUUACAAGGAAGUGUCGGGACGUAAGAACUUAGCAAAACUCCUCGUGGAUGCCGACUUCAACGAGGAAAAGUCCUUGACUGUGGAUGCCGGAUGGUACACGGAGCAGGAGAUGAAGGAUAAGCUGCAGUAUGAUUCGAAGACAAUCAAAAAGAUUGUCGACUUCACCAGCAAGAACCCGGCCACGCUGCAGCGGAAAUGGAAGUAUGAUGAAUCCGUUGUGCAACACUGGGUCGAGACGCAAUGGUCUGGACAGAUUGUCAAGAAAGACAAAGAGAGAACGGAGCAUGAGCAAGCUGCCGAAGGUUCCGAACUUCCCAAGGUCGACUUAAGCUUCGAGUCGGGCGGCAAUGACUCCGGAUCCGGUGUCGGCAGCUCUGGAGUGGCAGGGAAAGCCGAUGAUCCGAAAGCUACGUUGGAGCGGGCUUGGUCGGAGAUGCUACAGCAGGUGACGAAGAUCAGGGACAGCGCAUCUGUGCUGCUCGGGGUUCAGGAUGCUACGGAUGUCCAGAAGAGGCAUGCCGAUGCUUUGCAGAAGCACGCUGAUGCCAUGGAGAGCCACUACGACCAGAUGUCUAUGCUCAAGGCAACGGCCUCCAUCCGUGUUUCGGACAAGCUCAGGGACGAGAUCCUUAUUGCCGUCGACACCGCCUCCGUUUUGAAAAUGCCCCAGAAGCCCGCUGCUGAAAAGCCGGGAAGCGGCAAUGCUGAGUUCCUGCCUACGCCUGGAAUUUUGAUGAUUGAAUCGAAUGUCUACGAUUCAAGUUGGAUUGCAUCGCUGAAAUCCGCUAGAUGCAAGGAUGACGGCUUGCGAGGUCCCUUUGCCUACUAUGUUUACAUGAUCAAGUCGCCUGUGAGACGAUGGAACUGCAAUUUGGACGACGAGAGAUGUCUAGGUCCUUAUGCUGCACCGAAAGUGCAUUGGAAACAUCACAAGUACUUCAGUGCUGAGAUCCUUGCGUUACCCCGGCUACAGACUUUGUGGCAUCUCAUGCUGACACAAAAUGAUAUCCUCAAGAUUGCCCUCCCUGACAUAUCGAUGCCCAAGUCGCCCGGUGCGGUUUUCCGGUGUGCAGAAGAAAUGGUGGAGGUCGUUCUCACUGGUGUUUCGGUGGCCUACAAGAUCGGCUUCACCCAUGAUCCGUGUGAGAGAGUGCAGGGUUACCUGCAGGCCACGUCAUCGACGAUCUCUGGCUUCGCUCGGGCAACUAGUGCGGCCUGCCGUGCAAAUGAUGCUGUUCUGGAUGGUCUGGCACGUGGAGACCAGAGCCGUUUGGAUGACAAAAGCCACGAGUUGCAGCUAAGUUGCACUGAGGCCAAUAGUCAGGAGGAGCAUCGCACCAUCAAAGCCAAGUUCAAGGACUUCGGCUUUGCGCUGGACUUGCCGAUCUCGAAUGUAGAUGUUGGCAACGAGAAAUCGCUCAUGCCGAUGAUUAGACCUACUGACUUCUAUCGGCAUCUUGCAGAUCUGGGCAAGCUGAGCAUACUGUAUGCAGACCAGGACACCGCUGUUCUGACCAAGUUCUGGGACAGAUUUGCCAUCGUGGAGCCCUGGCACACAAUCAACGAUUCUUUCGAGGCUGGACUUCUUGUGCCAGAGCGGACAAUCCCGUUGCUGCUGCACGGGGACGAGGCUCGGAGCAAAAAACACCUUCCGAUGAUGGUGGUCAAUACACACGGCAUUAUCGGGUAUGGAUGCAGAGCAUACGAGAACUGGUUUCAGGAAGCUCCACUCUUGCGGGAUCAGGCUGGCGGGGUAAACUUGAAAGGGUCAGUGCUCGCGACCCGUUAUCUGCACUUCGUCAUGCCGAAGAGAAGCUACGGUCCGGACUCCAUCUUCCUCGACCGGAUGUUUGAUGAGCUGGCGAAAGAUCUUGCCAGACUCCAGACGGAAGGCGUGAUGGUGAAUGGCGAGCGGUGGCACCUGCCUGUCAUAGCUGCCACUGGAGAUUGGCAGUUCUUUGCUAAGGUGGGCCACUUGACGCGUUGUUACACGCACGUUGCGAAGCGGAGCGGCCAAAGGACGCUCAACGGAAUCUGCCAUUUAUGUAUGGCUGGAACUGCAAAUCUUGGUUGGGAGGACUUUGUCGAUGACCCUGACUGGAUGCAAAGCAUUGGGGCCGAAGAGCCAUGGGUGGAGACGCCAAAGCUGAUUCGGCGACUGCACACUGAUGCUGUGAACAAGGCAAAAUUCUUCCGUCCAGACUUCUGGCACUGCUUGCACCUGGGCUCGGGAAAGGCUUUUGUCGCCAGUGCAGUUGCAGAGUGGCUUCGUGUGACCCCCGGCAACAAUAUUACGGAGCGCUUGGAAUACGUGGACAGAGCUGCGCAGAGCUGGCUGCAAGGUCGUAACGACAAGCUGUACUGUCGACGCAUCUCCGAGGUGACAAUGGGCAUCGACAGUUUGCAGAAAGUACCGACUGGAGGAUGGCAGAAGGCGUCCGACACAACACUGCUGCUGGAGUUCGUGGAGCACUUCUGUUCAAUCCACUCCGAGCACACAAACCAAGAUGCCAUUCUUCGCUGGAUUUGGGUUGCCGCUGCCAAUAUCAACUUGAGCAUCCGCACGCUCUAUCAGGGCGGCCUCUGGCUGGACCAGCAUCAUGGCCGCACUGCAGCGGUUUGUGGCCUCAACUUCCUGAAGGCCUACGGACACCUCGUCUCCCUGUGUCUGCGAGCGGAUCGAGACAGAUUCCCUGUGACGCCGAAGCUUCAUAUGCUGCAUCAUCUGUUCUUGGAGCUCAAGACAGACAGCAGCCGGCACUCUUGGGCACUGAACAUGCUGGGAACAUCCGUGCAACAGGACGAGACCUUCGUGGGCAUCCUUGGCCGCCACUCGCGCCGGGUUGGACCGGUGCACACUGCGCUGCGGACGUUGCAGCGGUAUCUGUGUCACGCCGCCGAGCACCUCACUCCGGAGUACCGGCGGGUGUGA